CGCAGAUCGCUCUCUCGUUCCAGCCAGGCGCGCGGUGGGAAGGAUGGACUGGUUCCACUGCAACAAAUGCUACGGGAAGCCAGCCGGCGCCACGCUCCGCUUCAGCCUCUCCAGCUGCAAGCACAUCCUGUGCCACAAAUGCGUUGGGCAAGACAAGUGCAGCGUUUGCGGAUCGACCUGCAAGUAUCUACCUCUGUCAGACAACAUGGCAGCCCACGAGCAAAUGUACGUGAGGAAACCGGCGGACAUUUGUCGCAAGUACCUGGAGCACGUGGCACAGGUGACCACGUUCCAGAGGAAGCAGAUGGAAAUGCUCCUUGCCUUCCACAAGCACAAGGCUGCCAAAAUGGAGGAGGCACUACGUGAGGCCCACUGCACGAUCCGAGCGCAGGAGAAGGAGUCCAUGGCACUGAAGAACCAAAUGAUGGAGAUGAAGAAGAUGCUGGCUCUCACUAAGGCCUCCCCGAACCUUGGACAGGCACGCAGCAGGUCCGCCACCCCGCGCCCGAUCGCCAUCACCUCUCCGUCCAGCUGGGCCACACCAAAACACACGCCGCAGGACCCCAGGGCCCACAGCGGGAGCGCCCCCCCCAGCAGACCGGAGUUAAUGUUACAGGUGUCUGGGAGCAGCGUCUCGCGAUCUGGGGGGCUGCUGAUGUCCAGGGGGAGCCCAGCCACGUCCGGCAGGAGUACGCCGCGGGAUAUCAUCAUGAGUUCACCCAUGGCAGGGUCUGGAGACAGUUCCAUGUAUAGAUCCCUAGGCCGGUCCCAGAACCUGCUCACCAUCCCCCUCUCUCAGGGCCAGGGGUUCGGAGACGCCAGACUCCCCACUCACAGCUCGGCAACACCCCUUGGAGGGGCUUACACCACCCCCCUCCAGCUGCUCGGGCUGAACGGGGGCCGUCAAACUCCCUCCGUCGGCAGUGAACCAAGGCGACAGAUCCAGCUGAACACCAUUCCACGGAGCGUCAUCUUCCGGCAGCCCUCUGUGCCUUUCUCUAGAGACACAGCGGUGUGAGAGGAAGUGUUUGGGGGCACAGUCUGCAGGGGGGGGG